AUGCGUGAGGUGAUCUCCAUUCACAUCGGUCAAGCGGGGGUGCAAACGGGGAACUCGUGUUGGGAGCUGUACUGCCUCGAACACGGGAUCCAGCCCGAUGGGCAGAUGCCGAGCGAUAAGACCAUCGGUGCCUCCGACGACGCUUUUAACACCUUUUUCUCUGAGACGGGCGCUGGAAAGCACGUGCCGCGAUGCAUCUUCCUCGACCUCGAACCGACGGUUAUCGACGAGGUGCGUACCGGCGCGUACCGACAAUUGUUCCACCCGGAGCAGUUGAUCAGCGGUAAGGAGGACGCGGCGAACAACUUCGCUCGCGGACACUACACGAUCGGGAAGGAGAUCGUCGAUCUUGCCCUCGAUCGCAUUCGUAAGCUCGCCGAUAACUGCACCGGUUUGCAAGGCUUCUUGGUCUUCAACGCCGUCGGCGGUGGCACCGGCUCCGGUUUGGGAUCCCUCUUGCUCGAGCGCUUGUCCGUGGAUUACGGCAAAAAGUCCAAGUUGGGUUUCACGAUUUAUCCAUCGCCGCAAGUCUCCACCGCGGUCGUCGAGCCGUACAACUCUGUGUUGUCCACGCACGCUUUGCUUGAGCACACCGACGUGGCGGUGAUGUUGGACAACGAAGCCGUGUAUGACAUCUGCCGAAGAUCUCUUGACAUCGAGCGUCCGACGUACACCAACUUGAACCGCUUGAUCGCGCAAGUCAUUUCAAGCUUGACCGCGUCUCUGCGAUUCGACGGUGCGCUGAAUGUCGACGUCACGGAAUUCCAAACCAACUUGGUACCGUACCCGAGAAUUCACUUCAUGUUGUCCUCGUACGCCCCGGUGAUCUCCGCCGAGAAGGCGUACCACGAGCAGCUCUCGGUCGCCGAGGUCACGAACUCCGCGUUCGAGCCGGCGUCUAUGAUGGCCAAGUGUGACCCGAGACACGGUAAGUACAUGGCAUGCUGUCUCAUGUACCGCGGCGACGUCGUGCCAAAGGAUGUCAACGCGGCGGUGGCGAGCAUCAAGACGCGACGCACGAUUCAGUUCGUCGAUUGGUGCCCCACCGGAUUUAAGUGCGGUAUCAACUACCAACCGCCUACUGUCGUUCCGGGCGGUGAUCUCGCCAAGGUGCAGCGUGCUGUGUGCAUGAUUUCCAACUCCACCGCCAUCGCCGAGGUGUUCUCCCGACUCGAUCACAAGUUUGACUUGAUGUAUGCCAAGAGAGCUUUCGUGCACUGGUACGUCGGUGAAGGCAUGGAAGAAGGUGAGUUCUCCGAAGCACGCGAAGAUUUGGCCGCUCUCGAAAAGGACUACGCCGAAGUCGGCGCUUCUUCGUUGUCUACUGGUUAUGAAGAAGGCAUGGACGAGUACUAA